GUUUUCUUUUGUUUAGUGCUGUGAAGUAAAGUGACAUGACAUGACAGCAUGAGCGCUGAGCGAGGAGGAGCUACGUCAUCGCCCAGCCGACAUAAGGGACUCUCGGUACGUACUGUACGCUGUACGAAGUAGGUAAGCUCAGGCUAAGGUAGCGAGAGAGCACUGGAGCAUCAAGUCCGCGCAUGACAAUGGUAAGAGGCAAAUGUACAAGGUGCUGUAGAGUGAGUGAGUGAGUGAGUGGAAAGCUGGCCCCUCUCGGCUCUUGGACUCCUGCUGUUGAAGCUCAUCCUAAAACUACCUACCUACUCCGUAGGUAAGCUUGUGGGCAAUAAUCUGUUGUAGUUCAGUGCCCUCUAUUCUGACAAGAGGAUUGAUUGUGCUUCAUCAGAUCAAAUAAGAUCUGAUGUCUCCACAUGCACAUCUAGAUAGGGUUAUGUCUGGAACACUGAGCCUGAGCCUGAGCCUGAGCCUGAGCCUGAUCCUAUUCCUGAUUCUAUUCCUAUUCCUAUUACUAUGCCUAUUCCCACCUCAAUCCUGAUUCUGUUCACGCUUUCGCAGGGUCCCAAAAGAGUUUAGGGCGGGGUACACCACAAAAGGAGACGGUCACGGGCCUAAGAUACCCCAGAAGUUGAAGCAUUUCCGAUCCGAUAAUCGGGCUCGCAUUACCAACCAACUGCAUUGGCCUACCAAGAAUAUUUGAGCUACUCCUACCUAAAUUCCGCCCCGUCAACAAUUUUACGUCCCCGCAACUCCAAGAACGAGGAAAUAAACCCACGCUGGCCGGGCCGGGCUGGGCUUUCUCUUUUCUUCUCAGUUCGAACACCAUCUACGAGGGAUCACCUCAUCUGAAAAACAGCAAGCCAACGAGCAGGCCGUUCGUCCGAUCCCAAAACGACAAAUCUACAAGACUAGCGGCGCGACGUGCUCGCAGCUUGCCACAUCUCAAAUUAUGUCGGCCAUCCUGUCUGUGGAUACUUUGAAUGACUUCAUAUCUCCAGGUGUAGCUUGCAUCAAGCCAGUCGAGACACUCCCGGCCAAGCCACAGAGCGAAAACAACGAGUACGAAGUAUCAUUCAACACCGAAGCCCCUCCCGCCGACCUCCCACCCGCUCAAAUAUCCCUAACCGACUGCCUCGCCUGCUCAGGCUGCGUAACUUCGGCGGAAGCUGUGCUUGUGUCUCUACAAUCGCACGCAGAAGUGCUGCAAGAACUCGAUUCGGGACCAGCAUUACGACUUAGGAGAGAUGGAAGCGGGGUGGAGAAUCUAGAUACGGGGGGUAAGAUAUAUGUUGCGAGUGUGAGUCCACAGACGAGAGCGAGCAUUGCGGCGACGUUCAAAGUCACAGAGAGCGAGGCAGGGUACAUGAUCGAGCAAUUAUUGAGUGGGCCAAGGGGUAUCAAGGGCAGGGCCGUUUAUAGAAAUGGUUUCCAGUGGGUUGUUGAUACAAAUGUUGCUCGGGAGGCGUGUUUGGUACUUGGGGCUGAUGAAGUUACGCAAUCUAUGGCCACUGCCGAGGGGAAAUCGAAUGCGGCAGAGGAGGGAAGCGCUUCAAAGCAACCAAAGAGGCCAAUAUUGUCCUCCUCGUGCCCUGGAUGGAUAUGCUAUGCCGAGAAGACACACCCGCACAUUCUCCCACAUUUGUCACGCCUCAAAUCGCCGCAAGCAUUGAUGGGAACAUUAUUGAAGACGACAUUGUGUCAGAAACUUGGAAUUUCGCCAGAUAGGAUAUGGCAUGUUGCAAUUAUGCCAUGCUUCGACAAAAAGUUGGAGGCUAGUCGAGAAGAACUCACAGAUGCGGUUUGGGAGGGACCCACCGGUGCUCGGGGUGUAAGAGAUGUCGACAGUGUUAUCACGAGCAAGGAAUUGCUUAUGUUGGCCGAGUCGAGACGAGUGGACUUUGCAAAGUUGCCCCGAGCCCCAAUAGCUCGGUUACCAUUCCCAGACCAGAAGUUGGACGCCUUCCUCUUUCCAUCUACUAAACGACGGAAGAACAACGUUCCAGCUUCCGGCACAUCAGGAGGAAACCUGUACUAUGUGCUUCAUAAUUUUGCAUCCCAGCACGCAGGCGCGACUGUUCAGACAGCUCGUGGGCGGAACGCAGAUGUCCUUGAAUACUCGGUCACGUCGUCAGAGGGCGAGAUUCUAUUAAAAGCCGCUCGAUACUAUGGGUUCCGAAAUAUCCAGAAUCUUGUUCGUCGGCUAAAACCAGUGAAACCUUCUAGGAUGCCAGGCGGAAAGCCUAUCGGGAGUGCCAGAAAGACUGCUGGAAAGGCUACUGGUCCAGAAUAUUCAUAUGUGGAGGUUAUGGCCUGCCCUGGAGGGUGUACCAACGGAGGAGGCCAGAUCAAGGUUGAUGAUCCUAUUCUCUCUGGUGUAGAGGCUAGCCAUGUCAGGCCAGGUCCGCAAGAGCAGAAAGAGUGGCUGGCUCAGGUAGAUGAGGCCUACUUCUCUGGAGAAGACAGUGCUGACGGAAACGUCUCGGUCUCUGGUAACGAUUUGGUGGACGGAAUCUCCCCUUCAUACAUUAAAGAUACCCUGGCCUAUUGGGCCGCCACUACAGGUUUAGAUUUGGGAAGGCUCGUAUAUACGAGCUAUCGCGAGGUAGUAAGCGAUGUUGGUAAGAAGGUUGGUGAUGCCGAGAGAGUCAUAGAGAUCGCCGGUAAGAUGGGCGGUGGAUGGUAGUGGCUGCUAGUCAAGAUGGGGUCGGUUGGUAAAUCUAGAGCAGAAAAUUCAACCCAUUCUCCCUCCUCUGUUCCCGAACCCCCUACCGCUACUGUCGGGUCCGCGAGGUGCUCGAAUAACUUGAUCCUCGUCCUUGGGUGUGGAUGUGCCUGAUCGUCUUGUCUCUCCGUUGCGUUUCUGGGUUCCUGAUUUUGCAACAGAAUUAGGAUCGAACAGUUCCUUAGAUCCUGACUGGCUCUGUGGUCGAGAGUUCUCUUGUCGACCGUUACCUCGUCCCCUACCUUUCCCUCGAAUAGAUCUAGCCUCCUCAGUCGGUGACGUUACAAUCCCCGGCGUUGACCUCCCGGAACCUGUCACAAAUAUCCUCGCACGCGCUUCAUCAUACUUCUUUUGCUUUUCCUGGCGGGCUUUCUCUGCUCGUGCUUUCAAUUCCUCUUGAGUAGGCUGGUCCUGCCUCACCUCUUCCUCCUCGUCGUCUUCCAUUGUCAUUUUGGCUAGACCAGUGACUGGGUCAACCUUCUGAACCAUGCUGGGGGUAGGCUUGCGGCUGAGGACCCUCAGUGCUGGUUUGAACUCUUGCUUGAGAGGUGGGGCUUGGGCCUCGCGCGCAACUAGGAAAUAGGGCACUUCAGGUUCCUCACUACAAAUGGCUUGUUAGCAGAGCGAGCGAUGGGACUGCCAAGUCGACAUACGCAGUUUGCCAGAUCUUCUUGUUUGCUUCGGCAUGUUGGGCAAGACGCUGAGCCUUCGUCAGCUUAACGUGGUCCGCAGAAUUGGCAGCCUCAGCUGCAGCAGCAGCAGCAUCUUCUUGGUCGGCUUUGGUGUUCCAAUCGUCGUCGUCCCAGGCGUCAGGAACGGCGGCUUUCUUGCUCAUCUUGGGAGAGUGGUGUUGUGAUCUGGUCGACUUCGUUGUGAAGGAUGGAGGGGUGAGUGCGAGGGUGUCCAAAAAAGUGCUGCACUCUAACUUGGGAGUAGCACUGAAGGAUGACGGGAGGACGGCUGGACGGUACCCGAGCGUACAGUACUCGUACAGUACCGUAAUUUACUAGCGUACCUGGCGCGAAGAACGUGGGGUCGUUGCGACCAGACUUGAUCUGGCCUAGCUUGGAGCCUUGGAGCCUUGGACUGGGAUCUGCCGCCAGAGAGCUUCGACCAAGGAACCUGAGCCUGUGUAGGUAGGCUGGUAGGGUAGAGUAAGUAACUCUGAAGAUACCUAGACGGCGCAAAGAGGCUGCUACUCUAUUAGUAGGUGUAGUAAUGAUGUUUGAUAGGUGUCCUAGGUACUGUCCAAUACCCAGGUACGAAUCACAUGAUGGCUGCCUCUGCCUCUGCCUCUGCCUCUGCCUCUGCCUCUGCCUCUGCCUCUGCCUCUGCCUCUGCCUGUGCUGUUCCCAUUUAACGCUUCACUCAACUCUGUCGCCAGCACAGACAGUGUUGUACGAAAGGUACUAGGUAAUACUGGCAGACUGGUACUUUACAAUAGUGUACCUAAUAGCCGAGGCGGGGAGCUGCUCAGGUGCUCAGGUACUCAGGUGCUGCGACUGCUGCUUUCUGCUGGUGCUGUUCCCACA